GAGCCCAAGCACCUUUAAAACAACCACAUAAUUACACAGGCUACAACGUGUCGAGGCACUAUGGCGUCUACAAGUGAUUUGGACGACCAGAUCGAACGGCUACGACGCUGCGAGUACUUGAAGGAACAGGAGGUAAAAUUGCUGUGUCAGAAGGCACGGGAAAUACUGGUGGACGAGUCCAAUGUCCAGAGGGUGGACGCCCCUGUCACCAUUUGUGGCGACAUUCACGGGCAAUUUUAUGAUCUGAUGGAGCUGUUCAAAGUGGGCGGGGACUGCCCAGAGAGGAAUUACCUCUUCCUUGGCGACUUCGUGGACCGAGGAUACUACUCCGUCGAGACCUUCCUGCUCCUCCUUGCCUUGAAAGUGCGGUACCCGGAGCGGAUCACCCUGAUCCGGGGCAAUCACGAGAGUCGUCAGAUCACGCAGGUCUACGGUUUUUACGACGAAUGCCUGCGCAAGUACGGCAGUGUGAACGUGUGGCGCUAUUGCACUGAGAUUUUCGAUUACUUGAGCCUCUCGGCUAUCAUCAACGACAAUAUUUUCUGCGUGCACGGUGGUCUCAGCCCGUCCAUCAACACCAUCGACCAGGUGCGGGCGGAGGAAGGGAAGGAGGAAAGGAUCCGCGUGAUUGACCGGAAGCAGGAGGUUCCUCAUGAAGGGGCUAUGUGCGACCUCAUGUGGUCAGAUCCUGAGGAUAUCAGCGGGUGGGGUCUGAGCCCGCGCGGUGCGGGCUAUCAGUUUGGGGGUGACGUGGUGGAGAAAUUCAACCAAACGAACGAUUUGCGUUUGAUCGCGCGCGCCCAUCAAUUGGUCAUGGAGGGGCACAAGGAAAUGUUCGACAACAAACUUGUCACCAUCUGGUCCGCGCCAAAUUACUGCUACCGGUGUGGAAAUGUGGCAGCAAUAUUGGAAUUUGACGAGCGUUGUGUACAGUCUUUUAAAAUCUUCGAGGCGGCUCCACAAGAAGUCCGUGGCAUUCCGCAGAAAAAUCCAGCGCCAGAUUACUUCUUGUAGACUCCGAGGAGAUGGAAGGUGGGAUAGGCAAGAGGCAAGAGUGGGGAUGGAGGCACCAUCAGCAUGCUUGUAAAGCCAAAGCACGACGGUGGCGCGUGCCGAUCGAGUAUCUUGUAAGAAUAGCUACGAUGCAUUGAUAUGAACAGACGUGUCGAUGGACAGAACGUGUCUGAGAAGUGUUCAGGGGAGGAGGUACAUGAGAGUCGUAAGAAAAUUUGUGUGGUAAUUCGAGGUCCGACGUACGGUUGGACACAUAGAAAAAAUCAAUUAAUUGGCUUAUAUA